AUAUGAGUAGUCUUCUGUCUCCAUUAAGGCCACAAAAUUCUGGAGAAGGAAUUUGGAGAGGAGUUUUACUCAAGUUUGAGGAUGGACAGAGACAAGUAAGAUUAGUUUGCUUCCUUGAGCUUUCAUUCUUUAGGGCUGCUUACAGUCAUAGGAGAUCUGGUAUUUUGGGAAAGGGGGAUGAGGUAGCAACUAGAAGGUGGAUCUUCCUUAGGAAAGCACCAAGGAUUGGCUCACCGAUCUCUUCCCCCAGUGCUGGCGAAGAGUUGCGGAAGGUGGACUGUAAACAUAGGCAAAUAUUGACAGAAGUCAAGGUCAUGGCAAGACCAUUUGGCCCACAUUGUUGGGGGAAGGAUAAACCUGCAGUUCAAAAAGAUUGGUUAACUGGAUUUGAGCUGGAAACUGGGAAAUUUCCGGAGCUAAGUUUUUAAACUGGUAGCUCUUUUACCUUUUUUGGGGGGUCUCUUCGCAAAGUCUCUCCAUACCAACUUCCUUACUGCUGUUCUUAUUUCCCGUUGUUACUGCUGUUCUUAUUUCCUGUUGUAGGAUUUUUUUUUUUUCAUAUUCUCCAGAAAAGGGAAAUCAAUAUCAUUUCUUCUCUAGGAGGGAAGUGGUUAGUGUUCUCUUAAGUGGUAUUAGAAGAUCUAUUUUGAACUAAAGCUGGUGUCUGGGCUGGGUUAAUUCCAGCCUGGGUCAAGUAAUCACCAGAUGUUUUAUCAGUUUGUGUGCUGUCUUGUGGUUGUGUGGCUGAUUUCUGCUUCAGAUGAGAAUUGUUCGGAGCUUCCCCCAGUGGAUAACAGCAUAUUUGUUGCAAAGGAGGUAGAAGGACAGAUUCUGGGGACUUACUUUUGUAUUAAGGGCUACCACUUGGUAGGAGAAAGAACCCUUCUGUGCAAUGCCACUAAGGAAUGGAGUGCUCCCACUACUAAAUGCCGCUUGGGCCACUGUCCUGACCCAGUGCUGGUGAACGGUGAAUUCAAUUAUUCGGGGCCUGCAAAUGUAAGUGACAGAAUCACCUUUAAGUGCAACGACCACUACAUCCUGAAGGGCAGUAAUUGGAGCCAGUGUCUAGAGGACCACUCCUGGGCACCUCCCUUUCCCAUCUGCAAAAGCAGAGACUGUGGCCCUCCGGGGAAUCCACCUCAUGGCUAUUUUGAAGGAAAUAAUUUCACUUUUGGAUCUACCAUUACUUAUCACUGUGAAGAGGGGUACCGCUUAGUGGGCACGCAGGAGCAGCAUUGCACGGAUGGGGACUGGAGCAGUGCGCUUCCAUUGUGUGAGCUGAUCCAGAAAGCGCCCAAACCAGUCCCACUGGCUGAGUGUGAGAAGGCACUUCUUGCCUUUCGGGAGACUAAGGAUCUUUGCAAAGCGACAAAAAACUUCAUACAACGAUUAAAGGAAGAUGACUUGACAAUGAAGGAACUGAAAUAUUCUCUGGAAUUGAAGAAAGCUGAGUUGAAGGCAAAAAUGUUGUAACACUGUAGCUGAACAGAUUGGUAAUAGUAAUAUAUCUAUGAAUAAAUUUUCCUCCUGGUUCUGAAA